UCAACGGCUUUUGGCAUCUCUCUCCUUCGUCAUACAUUCAACAUUCUCGUUUUCUUCAACCUUCCUUUCUGCAACUUUUUCUACAGAUAAUAAUAAAAAGGUCAGCCCUUUAAAUUUUAAGGCCUACAUUGAAAAUUCCAAAGAAUUCACCAACAUUUUUGUUUUGCAGUUCCAAUUUAACAAGAAAUAACCAGAAUUGAGAAUUUGCUAACAUCAAUGGAGUCAAAGGCGCCACCUUGUCAUCCUACUUAUGAUUUGAAGGCUGUCAUCAAACUUGCCCUUGCUGAAGAUUCUGCUGAUCAAGGGGAUGUGACAUCUAUGGCCACAAUACCAGCAGAAAUGGGAGUGGAAGCCCAUUUCCUGGCAAAAGAGGAUGGAAUUGUUGCAGGUAUAGCCCUUGCAGAAAUGAUAUUCCAUGAGGUGGAUCCUUCCCUAAAGGUGGAAUGGUGCCAGAAAGAUGGUGAUCAUGUUCAUAAAGGAUUGAGAUUGGGAAAAGUGUAUGGAAGAGCACACAGUAUUGUGGUUGGUGAAAGAGUGGUUCUAAAUUUUAUGCAAAGGAUGAGUGGAAUUGCAACUCUCACCAAGGCAAUGGCUGAUGCAGCAUGUCCUGCUGUUAUUUUGGAAACUAGGAAGACAGCUCCAGGUUUACGCUUGGUGGAUAAGUGGGCGGUUCUAAUUGGUGGAGGGAAGAAUCACAGGCUUGGUUUAUUUGACAUGGUGUUGAUAAAAGAUAAUCACGUAUCAAUAGCCGGUGGUAUCGCAAAAGCCCUGAAGGCAGCAGAUCAUUAUUUGCUGCAGAAUAAUCUCAAGAUGGAAGUUGAGGUAGAAACCAGAACCCUGGAGGAAGUUAAGGAGGUGUUGGAGUAUGCGUCCCAGAAUAAGACUUCCUUGACGCGGAUUAUGUUGGAUAACAUGGUUAUCCCACGACCUAAUGGAGAUGUUGAUGUUUCAAUGCUUAAAGAAGCUGUCAGAAUGAUCGAUGGAAAAUUUGACACUGAGGCAUCUGGAAACGUUACCCUUGACACAGUUCACCAAAUUGGACAGACUGGAGUGACCUAUAUUUCUAGUGGUGCUUUAACACAUUCAGUAAGAGCACUAGACAUCUCCCUUAAAAUCGACACAGAGCUUGCACUUGAAGUUGGGAGGCGUACAAACCGUGCAUGAUUUGUGAACCGGUACGUGAUCACUACCGCCCUUGUAGGUUCUUACUGACAUUUAUACAGAACGGCUCUCAGUUUCUGCAAAUUAAUAAUUUUCAUGAACACUAGCUGAACUGAGAGCAGGGUGCCCUGCCCUUUGUUUUUCUCUUUCUAUACCCUUGACUAUACUACACCAUUUAACAUGGUAGUUCGGUCCUUGUAUCCGUAAUAACAUCACUGAUAAGUGAUAACCAUUCAAUAAGGUCUCAUUGUAAGACGCUUUCUUCAUUACUCUUGUCCAUUUGAUCAGAGCAGUAACGUGGGUUACGCAUUCUCCCUUUCUGUAUGGCUGUUGUACCCAAAAAUAACUGCAAUUUGCAGCCUGGAACUUGUUCAUUUGAUUCCAGAAAGAACACACUGUGCUCAGUGCUUCAAAGAAAUCAGUUUUCGCUGGUUACAUAUGUCGAUAUCACAAUUGUAUUCAUACUAACUUUUCAAGUGAAGUAUGUUAGUAUUGGUAUUCUUUUGGCUUA